GAGGAACUUGGGUGACAUUUACGUAAAAUGGUCAGAUUUGCUUCCGCCCUCAUCGCCGCCCUCCACAUGGCGAGUCCACUCAACCGCGACCGUCUGUUCCAGACUACUAUGGCGUGCAAGCUGCUCAGCCCCAGCUAAACCUCCACAUUCAUGCUCUCAGCUGGUCUGGUCCACGGAGCUCACACCCACAAUCCAGUCUCCGCAACCGCUGCUCCCUCCUUCCCCAAUCAUGAAUUCAUCGAUGGUAUCUGAAUGAAGAUCAUAGAAUCCCAACAGGGAACCUCGAUAGCAUCAUGGCAGGUCCGUGGCACGGCCACCUGCCGGAAUUUCCACUCAUUCGGGUCGAUUGCUUCACUGAACCUAAAGGCGGACCAUAUCUUAUCCCUUCCAUCAACGAGGACCGCUCGCUCGGGCCUCUGAUACAAGCACCGAGAGCGCAAGUCUUUCUCUUGACCCAUGUGCAUUCGGAUCAUCUGACGGGUCUCAAGGGAGACAAUUUUCAUGGGCAGAUCAUAUGCACACCAGAUUCAAAGCGAAUGUUGCUCAAGCUGCAGGCGGAGAAGGAACGAAAAUACAUGGCUUCAGGAAUCAAAGAGGAAAACAAAUUGAAGUACUCAAAGCUCGCCAGAGAAAAGCGAGAGACGGUGGAUGGCGUUCAAUACUAUGUAGACAGGAUCCGUUCAAUUGAAUAUGGAGAAACCAUCGAUUUGAUACUUGGCUAUGAGGAUGGCAAGCCUUUGAUUGUCUCCGUGACGGCCUUCGAUGCCAAUCAUUGCCCUGGAUCUGCUAUGUUCUUGAUCACCACACCCGAACGCGCCAUCCUACACACCGGAGAUAUCCGGGCAGACUACCGUUUCCUUGAUGCACUCAAGGUCCAGUCACAUCCAGCUCUGAAGCCCUUUCUGACUGGCGAGCGGACUCUAGACCGAAUAAACCUCGAUACCAGCGCUUUCAUCGGGACAGAGGAUAUGCCGCACAAAGACGAUGCUAUCCGAGAGCUGGUAGACCAAAUCGCUUGGUUCCCGAAAGACACGGUAUUCUUCUUCAACAUAUGGACCUGGGGCUGGGAGGACGUCAUAAAGCGGGUGUCUAGCGCUUUCGAUCAGCCAGUCUGUGUCGACCGCUACAAGCAUAGCGUCUAUCGAGCGAUUCACGACGACCCGGAUUUACUAGACUGUACGACACUAUACCCCUCGGCCACUCGCUUUCACGCGUGCGAGCGCUAUGCCCGAUGCGCUGUUUGCAGGGGCAGUCCUGAGAGACUUGUCGUCACAGUCACCAUGUCGGAAGUCAAGGAUGCGGCAUACGAGCUGUUCAAACAGGACAUUCGGAAACAAGUGGAUGAUGCGAGUCGUGGUGAAUAUGAAUGGCCAAAAACCCUGAUGUGCCCUGUGGCUCGUCACAGUCCACUGCCAGAGCUUCAAGCGCUGGUGAAACUGUUCAAGCCUCGCAGUCUGUCGCCCAAUACUCUUCAGGCCAUGCCUUCCGGUCUAGAGUAUUUUGCCUUACCUGAACUACUUGGUCACUGCCUGACGCCGACGGCGGCGAAACAACUCGAAAGGGAACGUGAUCAAUGGUAUGCCGGACGAAGGAUGCCGGGAAUCACAAUGUUGGACACGAUACCGUUCAGGCGAGGAGAUGCAGACGUGAAUCCUGAGCAAGACUUGAGCUCGCCAGUUGGCUGCGGGCGAAAAGCCGCCAUGACGAAUCACAUGUCACGAGUGGGAAUUAUGCUGGGGAAUGUUCAAGAAUCAUUCGGAGAUCUACCGCCUGGGAUAGGAGAACGAAUCGUUCAAGCAAUGGGAGCAGGUGUCGUGCUUGCGCCGCCCCGAUCCGUAAUAAUGGAAAAUUUGGACGAAGGUUACGAUACGGACGAGGAGCGCCGGACGGCGAGAAGGCCUUCUCGAGCGAAGAUGGCGUCAUCCGCGAUUCACUCGACAAACGCAGUGGUCGGUGUUGCGAAUACAGCCAGUGACCUCAGACCUGUGGCGAGGCUUAAAGAAGGCCUGGUGAAGGAUGAUCCGUCCGUGAUCAAGACACGAGAUGCGAAGUGGUCGAAGUCUUGGUCGACCACACCUCGCUCUACGUCAGAAUCUGUACCCCGGGCCAAAUCACCAUUCUUAAAGGAGCGAAAGUUUUCCCGAGCAAGUUUCGCCGUAGACAGGGCUCAUCUCCGUGCUCUCAUCGCCGUCGCGUGCCCUGACGGUGAAGAAGCUUGAGCGACUCAUUGUAGCUACAAACGUUCGUUGUUGUACAGGAUGUUUCUCGUGUUUUUUAUUUGUAUGCUCACUCGCCUACCCUGUAUACUAGACCGUUUCACGAAUCGUUAUGAAAUGCAUAUGCCAUGA